AUGCUCGCAGUCUGCCACGUGGCGCGCCCACGACUUGACGCUUCUCUCGCCCCACACGCGAAGAUCGGAUAUUUAAGGACCCGGUUUGCCCCGAUCAACAGCCUCCGGGCUAGUACAAUGUUGCAGCGGGCGGCCCAGGAGGCGCACUGGGGAAGGGGAGCUCAGCUGGCGAAAGGUGAACAUGACAGACGGGCGGAGCGGGCGGCCCAGUCAGCGCGGGCGGCCCAGACGCAGCGGGAGGCCCAGGAGGCGGAGUGGCAGUGGGAGGCCCAAAGGGAGCAGGAGGCCCGUAGGCAGCUCGAGGCCCAAAGGAAGCUAGAGGCCUACAGGCAGCAGGAGGCCCGCCGGCAGGAGGAGGCCCGCCUGCAGGAGGAGGCCCGCCGGCAGGAGGAGGCCCGCCUGCAGGAGGAGGCCCGCAGGCGGCGGGAGGCCCAGGUGGCGGAGUGAGCUGAAGCUGCGCGGGAGCGGGAGGCCCGCCUGCAGGAGGAGGCCCGACUGCAGGAGGAGGCCCGCAAGCGGCGGGAGGCCCGCCUGCAGGAGGAGGCCCGCCUGCAGGAGGAGGCCCGCAGACGGCGGGAGGCCCGCCUGCAGGAGGAGGCCCGCAGGCGGCGGGAGGCCCGCCUGCAGGAGGAGGCCCGCCUGCAGGAGGAGGCCCGCCUUCAAGAGGAGGACCGCAAGUGGCGGGAGGCCCGCCUGCAGGAGGAGGCCCGCCGGCAGGAGGAGGCCCGCCGGCAAGAGGAGGCCCGCCGGCAGGAGGAGGCCCGCCUGCAGGAGGAGGCCCGCCUGCAGGAGGAGGCCCGCAGGCGGCGGGAGGCCCGCCGGCAGGAGGAGGCCCGCCGGCAGGAGGAGGCCCGCCUUCAAGAGGAGGACCGCAAGCGGCGGGAGGCCCGCCGGCAGGAGGAGGAGGAGGCCCGCCGGCAGGAGGAGGCCCGCCGGCAAGAGGAGGCCCGCCGGCAGGAGGAGGCCCGCCUGCAGGAGGAGGCCCGCCUGCAGGAGGAGGCCCGCAGGCGGCGGGAGGCCCGCCGGCAGGAGGAGGCCCGCCGGCAGGAGGAGGCCCGCCUUCAAGAGGAGGACCGCAAGCGGCGGGAGGCCCGCCGGCAGGAGGAGGCCCGCCGGCAGGAGGAGGCCCGCAGGCGGCGGGAGGCCCAGUUGGCGGAGUGGGCCCAAGCUGCCUAUGAGGUGCAGCAGGCGCAGCUGGCGGAGCUGCGAGGAGCUCCGCAGCAGUAG